AUGCCUGAUGAAAAACUAGGCAUGCCUUCGCUGUCGAGAUAUCUGCGACCCGAUAAGUUUGACAUCGAGCCUGAUGUCGCGGACGCCGAUGAAAAAUGGGUACACUGGAAAUCGACAUUUGAAAGCUUCUUAGCAGAUGAGAUUACCGACGAUGUACCAGACUCCCUUAAGCGUAAGCUGCUAGUUAAUCACUUAUCGGCAUCGAUUUACAAGCAUAUCAAAACAUGCUCCACUUAUAAAGAUUCGAUGAAAGUUCUAGAAGAUAUCUAUGUCAAACCGAAAAAUACUAUUCUAGCUCGACACAUUCUCUUCAAUCGCAAGCAACGAGCCGACGAAACGAUCUCUGACUAUAUUAGAGCUCUCCGACUUUCCGCGAAAGAUUGUAAAUUCGAAGACGUCAUAGCUCAAGAGCAUGAAGACCAAGCAAUUCGUAGUGCUCUCAUAUCCGGCUUACUAUCACGAAGGAUUCGCGAACGGUUACUAGAAAACUCAAAACUCACUCUCUCAGAAGCACUUAAUCAAGCCGUAGCACUGGAAACGGCAGAGAAGGAUGCAGUUGCUAUUGGUAUCAGUUCCACGCAACUUACCGCCAUAUCGCAAGGUACUUCACGGGACAAGGAAUCCGAAAACCUAGCGGCAGCUCCAUCGUCACGAACUUUUCAAGCCGCCCCGACCACGCCACCUCCGGCUAAACCCUGCUUCUUUUGCGGUGGGAGUCUUCAUCCAAGGUUCAGAUGUCCAGCCAACAAAGCCACCUGCAAAAAGUGCUCAAAGAAAGGACACUUUGCAAGCGUCUGUAGAUCGGGCAAUAUUAACUUGAACUCCACGACAGUUGAAGAUCCUACGACCUCUAACAACAACCAGUUCUACAGUGGAGCUAUUUCUGCUGCCUCUCCUUUGAGUCUUAGGAGUGCGACAAUUCCAAUCAUGGUCAACGAAUACAAGGCUGAUGCACUCGUCGAUACAGGAAGUUCAGUCAGCUUUAUUAACGCUAGUGUUGCUCGCAUAAUGAAACUACGCAAAAAACCCUGCAAGCAGACAGUCAAUCUCGCUUCUCUCAAUCAAGUUUCUUUUGCCGAAGGCGUCUGCUUUGCUACCAUUACGAUGAAUAAGCAUACUUACAAACAAACGCCUCUUCUAGUUGUCGACAACCUCUGUGCUGACGUCAUCGUCGGCCAUGACUUGCUCAAACAUCACUCGAGCAUUCAUUUUAAUCUUGGUGGGCCUGGCGAACCUUUAGAGAUAUGCAACGUAUUACGAGCUUCGGUGCCGCCAGCCUCCGUAUUUACAAAUCUGUCGCCGAACAUUCGACCGAUCGCCGUGAGAAGCCGGCGCUACAGUAAGGAAGAUGAGGCCUUCAUAAAAGAAGAAGUGUCUAAAUUACUUGAAGACGGGGUCAUUGAAACAACUCCUUUCCCCAGUAUCACUGAUAAUAGCAGCGACGAUAACUUUGAAAUGGCCUCCGAAGAUGAUAAUCUCAGGUUUCCAUCUGAAAAUAACUCCACACCUCCACCUGAAAAUAUCGCUCCUUCGUCACCGCCUCGUAUAGGAGAGCCGUCGACGACUUCGCCAGUUCUUCGGACUGGACUCCCCAGGAGAUCUAAUAGGACGCGAAAAUUACCCUCCUACCUAGCGGACUUUGUGGUUGAUGGGAGUGAGAGUGAAAAC